AUGCCCAACCCCAAGGCGUCAACACUCGAGGAGUUGUCCGAGAGAAUCAUCUACUCGGAGCGAUACUCUGAUGACAACUUUGAGUAUCGCCAUGUCAUCCUCCCAAAGCCCAUGCUCAAGCUCAUCCCAAAGAGCUACUUCUCUGGUGACGACUCCGGCCUCCUCCGCAUCUUGGAAGAGCACGAGUGGCGGGGAAUCGGAAUCACGCAGAGUCUCGGCUGGGAACACUUUGAGGUGCAUGCACCCGAGCCGCACAUCCUCCUCUUCCGGCGACCACUCCCCGGCAAGUAA